AUGGCUAUGUCUUCAGCAGCACAGGAAGCUUUAUGGGUAAGCGGUCUCUCUGAAGAGAUUGAGCGACAACCAGGAAGCAAGAAAUCUGGCAUUAAAUGGUGCUUAUCAACCAAGGAUCAAGCACAUCGACGUACGACACCAUUUUUUGAGAGAGAAAGUGCAGGCGAAGCUUGUCUCCUUCACGUACAUGCCCACCAAGAAGAUGGUCGCCGAAUCUUAGACUAA